GCGAUGUGGCGUGUCGGUGCGGAGCAGCAGCACGCAGCUUGCUUUCUUUAACUCCUCCAUCCUUCCAUCCAUCUCUUCAUCCUUCUUUUCUUAUUUUCCUUUUUUCCUUUUUUUGCGUUUCCCCCCUUUCCCCUGCUUGUGUCCCUUUAUUUUGUGUUCAAUAAACACUUCAUUUGAAUCAUUUUUUGAGCCUUGGUUCUUAAUUUGAAUUCUUAACAAUAUUCCUUGUUUAUUUAUUUGUUUGUUGUUUAUUUAUUUCAUGCUGCCGAGUUGCAGAUAAAGAGAACGCGGAUUGGUGCUCGUGCUCUGUGUGGCUUUAUAUUACUAUUAUUAUCAUUAUUAUUACUAUCAUUAUUAUUAUUAAUACUGGCUUUGAAUUUCUCUCUGGACCUCGCCUAACUUUGCCUUUAUUCACACGACGGCAUCUCCGAACUAACAUGGCAGUGAGACUGUGCGAUGUGGCUUCUCUGCUUAGAAGUGGCUCGUGGGCGGCCGAGCCUUGGACCGGGCAGGUAAUCGCUGCCAUGGAAACACAGCUGUCGAACGGUCCGACGUGCAGCAACACGAGCAACGGUCCGAACCAGAUGAACAGCUGCUCUUCGCCGGUGGAGUCGGGCGGCAUGGAGGACAGCAAGACCAACCUGAUCGUCAACUACCUGCCCCAGAACAUGACCCAGGAGGAGCUCAAGAGCCUCUUCGGCAGCAUCGGGGAGAUCGAGUCCUGCAAACUAGUACGAGACAAAAUCACAGGCCAGAGUCUUGGAUACGGCUUUGUCAACUACGUGGAUCCCAAGGACGCAGAAAAAGCGAUCAACACCCUGAACGGACUGCGACUGCAAACCAAAACCAUUAAGGUGUCCUACGCCCGUCCGAGUUCGGCGUCCAUCAGGGAUGCUAACCUGUACGUGAGCGGGUUGCCCAAGACCAUGACGCAAAAGGAGCUGGAGCAGCUUUUCUCCCAGUACGGACGCAUCAUCACCUCCCGAAUCCUCGUCGACCAGGUGACAGGCGUGUCUCGAGGUGUGGGUUUUAUCCGCUUCGAUCGGCGCGUGGAGGCUGAGGAGGCCAUUAAGGGGCUGAACGGGCAGAAGCCUCCCGGAGCCACCGAGCCCAUCACGGUGAAGUUCGCCAACAACCCGAGUCAGAAAACCAGCCAGGCUCUGCUCUCGCAGCUCUACCAGUCUCCGAACAGGAGAUAUCCGGGACCGCUCGCCCAGCAGGCUCAGAGAUUCAGGCUGGACAACCUGCUGAACAUGGCCUAUGGAGUAAAGAGUAGGUUUUCACCCAUGGCCAUCGACGGUGUCACCAGCCUGGGCAUCAACAUCCCCGGCCACGCGGGCACAGGCUGGUGCAUCUUCGUCUACAACCUGGCUCCGGACGCAGACGAGAGCAUCCUGUGGCAGAUGUUCGGGCCGUUCGGCGCGGUGACAAACGUUAAGGUGAUCCGCGACUUCAACACGAACAAGUGCAAAGGCUUCGGCUUCGUCACUAUGACCAACUACGACGAGGCAGCCAUGGCCAUCGCCAGCCUGAACGGCUAUCGCCUCGGAGACCGCGUGCUGCAGGUUUCUUUCAAAACUAGCAAAACGCACAAAGCUUAACGCUAAGCGUUUAAAGAUUCUUUAACGAUUAAGAAAAAAAAAGAAACGUAUUUAAAACUUUCUCAGACAUGUUUGCAAAUCAGUGUUAUAAAGGAAAAACCUGUGUUUUUUUUUCUUUCUUUUUUUUCUUUUUUGUGCAAAUUCUCUAGUCUUUAAAAAAGAAAAAGAUUAAUAGCAUGUGUUCAGUGGCGAUGGUGCCCGUGUUAAUUUUUACAUUUUCAUAAUUUUCUCUUCGUUCUUUAGUUUUUCUAAUUAUUCUGUUUUUUUGAGACAUUUUCAGUGUGUUUACUAUUGAAGAGAAAAAAAAUUCUUCCACGUUUAGUUUCUCAUCGAGUUUAUUGACUGCGUAAAUGUUACUGUUUAAAUUGAAAACAACGAACACAUUAAAAAAUAAAUAAAUAAUAAAAAAUAAAGACAAAGACAAAAAAAAUUCUUAAAGCGGUACCUUGCCAAAGAGCUACGAACCUCUUUGAUGUGGGUUUAAAACACAAAAGUGUCUAUUUUUAUAAAAAAAGAAAAUUUGGAGAAACUUUUUACUGGACAUGGAGCAAACUAUUUUGACUUUGAGAAACCUAUCUUCAUACGACACCCUGUGAGAUUUUCACACUUUACCAGACAGUUUGCAGAGUUAAGAAAUUUCUGGAGCGGUUUAUCGAUGACUGAUUGUCUUUUUCGAGGUCUUUGCGUUCCACAGCUUGCGUUCUGGAUUCGAUAUUUUUGAGACGCAGGCUGCCCUAAAAGAAGAAGAAAAAAAAAAAGAAACGCGCGUAAAGGGAUUUUAUUACACGCGGCCGCGCACGUGUGCAUGCGGGGUGACAGAGGGAACCUGUAGGCGCGUGAAAAGAUUUUUGGGUGAAUCGGUUCUUCCUCGCUCGACGGGUUCCUUCUUUAAUAAUAUAAAAAAAACGAAAGGGGGGGGGGUUAUCCUCAGUGCUGUAUUUAAUAUCUUGUUAAACACUUUUGUCUUUCUAAACACUGACAAAGGUUUUAGCUGCUCUGAAUGAAGGAGAAAACGGGCUGACGAUGCCUGAGAACAGGAAAAAAAAAAACACGACUGAGAAUGAAGUGUUCGAAGGGAGAAGAUCUCCUGAGUUAAUACCUUAAAUGUAAAUAAGUACUUUAUGUUGAGUUGAGUAAUAUAUGUAUUCUGUUUUUUUCCCCCAAAAUAAGUAUUUUUCUUUAAGAUAUGUAUGGUAAUUAUUUUCUUUCUUAGCUGAUUUGUUUUGCCUCUGAGAGUUGUUUAGUUAAGACACUUUGUUUGAUGCAUUAUUACAGUAUCAGAUUUGUUGGUGGUUUUUGUCUGUAGAUUGUCUGCCUUCUGCCAAAUUCUAGGCAAUAGAUUUAGUUUAUUUCCUUUUUUUCUUUUCCUUUAAUCUAUAUAUUAAGCAUUAAAUAUAUUUGUGGUUAAACUGAGCCACAGUUUUGAACAAAUAUUUCUUUAGUUUUUUUGUAUCCAUGUUACACUUGAUGCAUAAUCUAACCCGUUUUAAAAACGAGAGUGUAUAUUGCUUAAUCUUCAUGGAUUAAGCAAUAUACACUUUUGGCGAGGCUUUUCCUCGACCGUAGCAAACACAAUGGCAUGUUUUAUUAUCCACUUAAUGAAGGAAAGAGCCUUUAACCAGUGCAGUUUAGGCUCCCCGGAUGUGUGGCAGUGUGCUAUGCAUUACAUUUUCUUCUCCUUCUUUCUCUUUUUGGUUGUUUAUUAUUAUUAUUAUGAUGUUAUUGUUAUUGUUUGUUAUAUUUGCAUUGAUGAACUGUGGCUUUCUGCUGCUCAGGGACAGGGAGAGCUUUUCAUGCCACAUAGGGGUUUAUUUUUCCAUUUUCUUUUUUUUUCCCCCUCCUUUAAAAGUCAGCCAGUGAGGCAAAGAGCAGGCUCAGAAAGGCAGAGGCCAUUCAGCUGCGAGUCUUUAAAUAUGGCUAAAGUCUGAGCCUGAGUCCCACCUGUGGUGUGAAAAGCCUCAGUGUCCCGUCUGUAGUCUCAGUUCUGUAGUGUGCAUUAUCUAUUUAUUUCGAGUUGUACAGUAUAACUUUAUUCACAGCUGAGUUUUGAAUUUUUGGGGUAUAUAUAUAUUUUAUUUUUCGUUUUUUUUUUUUUUUUUUUUCAGUAUUUAAAGCGAACAGUAUUACUAGAAGAUGUACAUGUUCUUUUUCUUUCUUUUUCUUUUGUGUUUGGAAUACUUUGUAUUUUUUCAUGUUCGGUACAUCAAUAAAUAAAUUGAAGGGAGCUGCGAGUUGCUCUUCACUGUG